GAUUCAAACUUCUCGACGUCUCUAGGUCAUCUGUCACACAUGAUUCGCUUAGUAUGACUUUUCUGUCGGCCUGCGCUUUUUUUGACUGCAGGUUCCCACGUUAUAAAAAAAAAGUCCGGCCAUUCGUCUAGACCGUCCAUCCAAUAUUCAUUAUUCAUCCGCCUGUCUGUCAUUAUCAUAUAUAUAUAUAUAUAUAUAUAUACUUAAUGCAGAUUCAAUUUGUCCCAUGUACUGUCGUAUUCCUCAUUGUUUUUUUUUUCUUUCUCUCCUAACAUUUGUUAAUCUCUGGUAAUGAGGAAAUUGGAAGCAGACUCAGAAAGCAGGACCCCUCACCUAAUACCUAACAAACUUUUACAAUAAAUUAAGCAAGUAGCGGUACUGAAUCAUCAUGGUCAUGGACAUGGAGGGCGAGACUAAUAGUAGUAAUUGUUUUUUUGGUGUUUUACUGGUGUUGGUGGUUUUAGGGUUAGGGUUAGGGUUAGGGUUAGGGUUGAGGAAGGUGGUGAGUAGUUUGUGGGUGAGGCCGAGGAGGGUGGAGAAAGAGCUGAGGGAGCAAGGCUUUAGAGGGAAUCCUUACAGGCUAUUCUUCGGAGAUUUUAAGGAUAUGAAGAGGAUGAGGGAAGCUGCUACCUCGAAAGCUAUGGCUAGCCUUUCCAAUGAUAUCGUUCCCAGAGUUAUUCCCGACAUUCAAUGUGCUGUCAACAAAUACGGCAAGAAUUGUUUCCUAUGGUUUGGGUCAACAGCUGCAGUUAUUAUUUUGGAACCUGAAGCCAUAAAAGAGAUUUUGUUGAAAUAUUACACUUUUGAGAAGCCUCCUCGAAAUCCAAUGGUAAGGGUUUUGACAAGAGGAGUAGCAACCUACGAAGGAGACAAAUGGGCCAAGCAUAGAAAACUCAUUAAUCCUGCUUUCCAUUCGGAGAAACUUAAGCACAUGGUUCCAUCUUUUCAUUCGAGCUGUGCCGACAUGCUGAGCAUAUGGGAAAAGAUCGUCCCGGAUAAAGGCUCGUGUGAAGUGGAUGUGUGGCCUUACCUCCAGACCAUGGCAGGCGACGCAAUUUCACGUACUGCAUUUGGAAGCUCCUUUGAAGAAGGAAGAAGGGUAUUCGAACUACAAAAGGUGCAGGCUGUUCGUGUUAUGGAAGCGCUUCGAUCUGUUUACAUCCCGGGAAUGAGGUUUUUCCCAACAAAAUCGAAUAGAAGAAUGAAGGAGAUAGUGAAGGAAGUAGAGUCCACCUUGUUAAGGAUUAUAAACAAAAGGAUACAUGCAAUGGAAGUCGGGGAAAGCUGCGGCGAAGAUUUAUUAGGCUUGCUGUUGGACUCUAACUUCAGGGAAAUUGAGCAACAUGGCCAUAAGUAUGGAAUGAGCUUGAAGGAUGUGAUCGAGGAGUGCAAACUCUUCUACUUUGCGGGACACGAAACAACGGCCUCACUUCUUGUUUGGACAAUGAUUUUACUAAGCAAACACACCAUGUGGCAAUCACGCGCAAGAGAAGAGGUUCGACAGGUCUUUGGAGGACGAAAGCCCGAUUAUCAAGAGUUGAACCUCCUCAAACUUAUAACCAUGAUAUUCCACGAGGUCCUAAGGUUGUACCCAUCGGUAGCAACACUUAGUCGAAUCACUCAUCAAGAAAGUAGAGUUGGAAACCUUAAAAUCCCAUCGGGAGUACAGCUUUUGAUGCCAGCCCUUCUGUUGCACCAUGACAAAGAAAUAUGGGGCGACGAUGCACAAGAAUUCAAUCCCGAGAGAUUUAACAAAGGAGUUUCCAAGGCAACUCAGGGCCAAGCGAUUUAUUUACCGUUUGGCGGGGGCCCUCGAAUAUGCAUCGGACAGAACUUCGCCAUGUUAGAAGCCAAAAUGGCAAUGGCUAUGAUCUUGCAGCGGUAUACAUUUGAGCUAUCGCCAUCGUACUCGCAUGCACCUCAUCAAGUUAUUACUCUCCAACCUCAACAUGGUGCACACUUAAUUCUGCACAAGAUAUAUGAUUGAUUGAUAAUAUGAUAUCGAUUCACUAGACUCCACAAUUUCAAUUUAUUUCCACUUAAGAACAGGUCACUUACAAGAGUAUUUGGGUGAAUCUAGUGUUUAUUAUUUAUAUAUAUGUAUCAUUUUUUUUAGUACAGACUGA